AUGAGUCAACUGACUAUAUAUCAAGCUCGCCUGGGGAUACACUUUGUGUAUGCUGGGAAACACAAAUACAAGGAUCUCUUAUUCCCCCCAGGAUCAGGAGCUCACAUUAUCUCACGACUAGAUUUCCGUUCAAUUAAUCUCUCUUUAUCUCUCGUCUCACUCUUUUUCGCAGUAACAGCACCUACGCUUACCUUCCACUCCUUCGUAUCGCCGGACGAUCCCUUGCACGACCAACAACCUCCUCUCGAACUCUCUGUAAUCGCACUUGCACUCGACUUGCGCCUAUCUACACAAAUGGCUUCUUCUACUUCCGCCUCCCUCUCCGUCACCCUCGCACACGCCAUCUCGUACCUCACAUCCUGUCUUCAUGGUCAAGUUGCUCCGUGUAAGAUCACCAAAUUGCAGCUUGUUCUCGAAGCCAACCUUACUGCACACUAUGCAUCGACCUGGACACCUUCCGAACCUCUUCGUGGUUCUGGUCGCAGAUGCCUCACCCUCAGCCCCGAGUGUCUCCCGCCGCGUGUCAUUUACUCCGCGUGUAUUGCUGCCGGCGUUCAGUGGUUCGAUUGGAUCAAUGCCCUCGGUGGUCAAGAAUGCGACUUUUUUGUCGACCCAGGUUGUGUAUCCCUUCGAGUUGGAAGAACAGGUGGCGCCCACAGUCGCCUCAUCACUGUGUGGGCUGAUGAAAUACCCUCACCCACCGUGGCGCCCUUCCCCUUUAAGGUUCAAGGCAAAACCAUUGCCCAGCAACUGAUGGAGAGUGAUGACGACGAUUCCGAGCAUAUGUUCGCCAUGAUUGCCCACGAAACUGCCAAGCCCACUACUUGGAUGACCUCGAUGUUGAAUCAGUUCCCCAUACCCACCAGGUCCACAUCUCCCCUGUCGACGUCCUCCUCUCAUUCUCGGUGCAGCUCUCGUUCUUCCGACUCGAGUUUUUCCGUCGAUUCGCGUGCAACCGCGUCUUCCGCACAGAGCGUUGAUAGGUGCAGACCAUCUCGUAGGGAACGCGCGCGGCAAGCAAAGGUCUUCGUUGACAGUUCCAAGACCGAAGUUACACAAUACGAGGGUGGUCGUACUACAGUAUUGACUGGCGGUGUGAUGCUUGGAGGUUCCGCUUCCAAGGGUAAAUCUCGCUGCUCCCCCACCCAAAGUCCUUUGGUGGACUGGCGCUCCGUACGCGCUUGA